AUGGGUGACGAAAUUCUUAUUGAUAAAACGGCGUUCUUUAGUCGUCUGUCAAGCUUAUACGCGUCGUGGAAAACAGACAAGCGAUCUCCUCACCCAACCUUCGGUGGCGUGGGAUCAAUCGUUAUUCUAAUGGGAAAGACAGAUGAAGCAAACAGCUUCCAAAAGAACAAUGCGAUACACUUCUGGUUGCUCGGCUAUGAAUUUCCGGCCACUCUUCUAGUCUUUACGCCCGAUGUUAUGUACGUGGUGACGACAGCAAAAAAAGCAAAACACCUAGAACCGUUGAAAGGCGGAAAGAUUCCGGUCGAGAUAUUAGUAACCACCAAGGAUCAGGAAGAAAAGACCAAGGUGUUUGAGAAAUGCACAGAUGUUAUAAAGUCCUCUGGGAACAAGGUCGGUAUCCUACCGAGAAACACAACCGCUGGCCCAUUUGUGGAAGACUGGAAACGCGUAUAUGCAAAGAUUUCCGGCGAAAUAGAAGAAGUUGACAUUGCGCCCGCUCUUUCAGCCGCUUGCUUCUCGAUCAAAGACACUGAUGAACUAGUGUCCAUACGAAAUGCGUCAAGAGCAUGUAGCGGUCUGAUGUCAGAGUAUUUCGUCGAUGAGAUGUCUCGGUUGCUUGACGAAGAAAAGCAGAUGACCCAUAAAACUCUCUCUAUGCGCAUUGACGCUAAGAUAGACGAUGCCAAAUUUUUCAACAAGCUAGCGAAAUUGCCGUCUGAGUUCGAUCCGCAACAAAUUGACUGGGCAUAUGGACCCGUCAUUCAGAGCGGCGGGAAGUAUGACUUGAAACUUACAGCUUUAUCCGAUGACAGCAAUCUAGAACCGGGAAUCAUCAUUGCUGGGCUCGGAAUUCGCUAUAAGACUUACAGUUCAAUAAUCGGACGUACCUACCUCGUUGACCCAACCAAAUCCCAGGAAGCGAACUACACCUUACUCUUGAGUGUUCACGAAGCCGUUUUGAAGGAAGUCCGCGAUGGCGUGGUGGCCAAAGAGCUUUAUAACAAGGCGCUUAGCCUUUUGCGCGCUAAAAACUCUGAACUCGAACCUCACUUCGUGAAGAACGUCGGUUCGGGAAUAGGAAUCGAGCUACGCGACUCCAACAUGGUUCUCAAUGGAAAGAACAACAGAAUUUUAAAGAGCGGCAUGACACUCUCUAUCACGGUUGGUUUAGUGGGCGUUGAAGAACGGAGUGUGAAGGACAAGAAGAAUGUUUACUCAAUGAUGAUCACAGACACCGUUCGGGUCGGUGAACAAGGACCGCAUGUGUUCACUAAGGACGCCGGUAUUGAUAUGGACUCGGUGUCAUUUUAUUUUGGAGACGAGGAAGAGCCACAAAAACCCGCAAAAGAAAAGAAAGAACCCAAGUCGAGUGCCAUUGCGAGCAGGAAUGUUACCAGAACAAAACUUCGUGCCGAGCGCCCGACGCAGGUCAACGAGGGCGCAGAAGCAAGGCGCCGUGAACAUCAGAAGGAAUUGGCCACGAAAAAAACCAAAGAGGGUCUAGAUCGAUUCGCUGGUACCACUGGCGAUGAAAACGGCGUUACACAAAAGAAGUUUAAGAGGUUUGAGUCAUACAAGAGGGACAAUCAGUUGCCAGCUAGAGUCAAGGAUCUUACAGUUUACGUCGAUCACAAGGCAUCGACUGUGAUUGUUCCGGUAAUGGGUCGACCUGUGCCGUUCCACAUCAACACUAUCAAGAAUGCCAGCAAAAGCGACGAGGGGGAAUACGCCUAUCUUCGAAUUAAUUUUCUUUCCCCUGGCCAGGGCGUUGGGAGGAAAGAUGACCAGCCAUUUGAAGAUUUAUCGGCACAUUUCUUGAGGAAUUUAACCCUUAGAUCGAAAGACAACGAUCGAUUCGGGCAAGUGGCUCAGGAUAUCACUGAACUCAGGAAGAACGCUCUCCGACGUGAACAGGAAAAGAAAGAGAUGGAGGAUGUGGUCGAGCAAGACAAGCUAGUCGAAAUCAGGAAUCGGCGCCCGGUGAAGUUGCCUGAUGUUUACCUUCGACCGCCUCUCGAUGGUAAACGAGUGCCUGGCGAGGUCGAAAUACAUCAGAACGGUCUGCGCUAUGUUUCUCCCUUCCGCAACGAACACGUCGAUGUACUGUUCAGCAACGUCAAGCACCUCUUUUUCCAACCAUGUGCUCAUGAAUUGAUCGUUCUAAUUCACGUCCACCUCAAAACGCCUAUUAUGAUAGGUAAGAGAAAGACAAGAGAUGUUCAGUUCUAUAGGGAGGCCACUGAGAUGCAAUUCGACGAGACUGGUAACCGAAGACGCAAGCACAGAUAUGGAGAUGAGGAGGAGUUCGAGGCAGAACAAGAGGAAAGAAGACGACGGGCAGCUUUGGAUAGAGAGUUCAAAUCAUUCGCCGAAAAGAUAGCGGAUGCUGGGAAAGAUGAGGGAGUCGAUGUUGACAUUCCCUUCAGAGAAAUCGGCUUCACCGGUGUCCCUAAUCGCUCAAACGUUCUCAUUCAGCCCACUACAGAUGCCCUUGUUCAAUUGACUGAACCACCUUUCCUAGUUGUCAGUCUCAAUGAAAUUGAGAUCGCGCAUCUUGAGCGAGUACAGUUCGGGCUCAAAAACUUUGAUCUGGUCUUUGUUUUCAAGGAGUUUCAUCGGGCUCCAGUUCACAUUAACACAAUUCCCGUGGAGAACCUGGAAGGUGUUAAGGAUUGGCUGGACUCUGUGGAUAUUGCAUUCACAGAAGGGCCCCUCAAUCUAAACUGGACCACAAUCAUGAAGACCGUUGUCAGUGAUCCAUACGGUUUCUUUUCCGACGGCGGUUGGUCAUUUUUGGCGGCUGAGUCAGACUCGGAAGGUGGUUCUGAUGAAGAUGAGGAGUCUGCAUUUGAAUUAUCUGAUUCUGAGCUUGCUGCAGACGAAAGCUCUGAAGAGGAGAGCGACUACGAUGAUGAUGCUAGUGCGGAUGAUGAUUUCAGUGCGGAUGAGGAUGAGGAAAGUGGUGAGGAUUGGGAUGAAUUGGAACAUCAAGCCAAAAAGAAGGACAGAGAAGGCGGGUUGGAUGAGGAAGACCGAAGCAAGAAACGAAAGAGGUGA